AUGGGAAAUCCUGGGGAACCGCCAUUGAUAGAGUAUUCCGGAUUGAAUUUUGACUACUUGGAGUUCCUGGAACAGCGAGGAGUGGAGUGGGAGCCAAAGGUUGGACAUCCAAUUGCCCUGAACAUUCAGAGUAGUGGGAUAGGACUCGUUGAGUCUCUUUCCAUUGCUCUCACAGGAUCUCUCCUGCAUCUACCACUCCUCAGGAAUAUUCUCGAGAAGGAGGAUCAAGGAGACUUUCUUCGCUUAAUCAAAAGGAGCGCGGAGAUCCUCAGCAGACACAUAGUUCUCCUUGGGGAAAAAUGUUCUUACACAUUCCUUCCAGAGGGUGGGAAAGAUGGGGAUGAGGAACUGCGUGGUAUACUGCUUUUUGCCAAGGACGGCUCUCAACCCAUUGCCCUCCUUCCUAUCGUACCUUAUCGCAGUACAGAUCGCGUGUGGAUGGACGUAAGUAAGGUUCCCGAGAUCUACGGGCAAGGUGAAUUUCAAACAUCAAGGACCAGGGUCUUAUUCCAUGGAAGUGUGAAAGUGACAUGGAAAAGUCACACAGCUACUCUGUUACAUUCAGUUGACAGGGAACUGGCAGGAUUAUCAUCUCUCAAUCCAGACAAGUUUAAACAGGACGAGAUUAGUCAACUCCUGAGAAUUUUUGGUAAGAAUGACGAGCUCCACACUCUCCGUAUAUAUGCCACACCCAAUGUCAAAACUGACAAGAUGGAACGGGUUGAGCGACUCAACAUUAUUAAUAUUCUUGAUGAGAACGACCAGCUCUUCCCUCUUCAUCUCCAUGCACCAUCAUCUGUCAUACUCAAAGAAUGUUUGGAAAAACUGGAAAGGAAAGAAAAUACUUAUCUCAAGAAUAGUUACGACAAACUGGAAUCAUACGAGGCAGGACUCCUGCAAAGUCUACAGAAAUUGGGAUCGCAAGAGAGACAUCAUCUGCUCGAAUUUCUUGGUAAGGACGAUGAUCUCUCCUUCUGCGUUUCCAUGUCGCACCCGAUGCGAGGGGAAUUGGAAUCGGAUGAGAGAUUUUAUGAGCGAGAUGAUUUUGGUAGGAAAGACUACUUCUCCUUAUCGCAUCUCCCUGUUUCAGGCGAUGUUAACAAACAGGAGGUGGUUCGUGAACUUAUAGAAAGUAUUGGUAAGGAUGAACCUACCCCUGCAUCUCCAUUCCUCGUCUGA